UUUGGUUGAAGGUUGGUUUUUAAGAAUCUAAGCUGACAUGAAUUAGGAAUUUUCCAGUACUAUGUUAUGAAACCCUAGCCGUCUUCUCCUAUUGUUUCCUCACUCUCAUCAAUACAACCGUUUCACCAAUUGUUCGAGAUCCAGUAAAUAAAAAAUCCAGCAGUUUACAUGGUAUCGGAGCAAGCAAAUUUCAUUAAUCAUGACUGGCGAAGAAACGCCUCCACCAACCCCACGAAAAAUUCAGCCAGAUUCACCUUUUUUUCUUGGCUCGCAAGACCGUCCCGGAGAUUUUAUAACACCAAACCGCCUUCGUAAUGACAAUUACAAUGACUGGUCUGUUGAUAUACAGACGGCACUUGAAGCACGCCGCAAGUUUGAGUUUCUUGACGGCACAAUCACCGGGCCAACACCCCCUUUCACUCAGUCCGACUGGACUACCAUCAACACAAUGCUUGUUUCGUGGAUCACAAACACCAUUCAUCCAGAGGUAAAAUCUAAUCUGUCUAAAUUUCGUGAUGCUAAACAAUUGUGGGAUCACCUUAAGCAACGUUUUGCCCAAACUAAUGGCCCAAGAAUACAACAAUUGAAAUCUUCUAUUGCCAAGUGUGAACAAACCAAGACAAUGUCAGUAUCUACCUACUAUGGAAAAUUACACACUUUGUGGGAAGAACUUGACAAUUAUGAGCCCAUUAUUUCUUGUUCAUGUUGUAAAUCAUGUACUGCUGGUAGUAUACACGAAGCUAGGCGAGAGCAAUCAAAGCUUCAUCAAUUUUUAAUGGGAUUAUAUUCUGAUUAUUAUGCUACUCUGUGCACUAACAUUCUUUCACAAGACCCAUUGCCUACUCUUGACCGUGCUUACCAACUGGUGACUCAAGAUGAGCAAGUUCGCAAAGCUAAGCAGGAGUCCGAAGAAAAGCCAAUCGAGGCUCUUGGCUUUCACGUCCGAAGAAGCCAACCAUCGGAGGCGAAGAGGAGGAUUUUAUUUCGAGUAGUGCUCAACUAUACGAAUAAGAAGCAUUCAGUUGAUAUUUCUGGUUGUUCUCACAGUGAGUUGCUGAGUUUGGAUAUAAACACUGGUGAACUAUCAAAAACUCCCUCUACAUUGUUAGACGAUGGUGGAAUUGGUUCUAUUUUAUCAAUCGGAUCAGUAAUUUAUAUUAUUGGCAAGCCACAAAGCGGAAUUGAUCCCUCAGAUUACUCCGACUAUAUCCCUGCCGAGAACGAGGUAGUUCAGAUUCACGAGGGUUUGUCUUAUUUUGAUUUGACCAAGACUGAUAUAGGUUGGAAGAAAGCCCCUCCUCUUUUUAACGAUGGUAUAUAUCCUUAUAAUUGUGUUACAAUUUGUGGUAAGAUUUAUGUUUUUAGAAGUUCUAAAUGGCCGUGUUUCGCCGAGGUUUUUGAUCCUAAGCUCAACACAUGGGAACCUUUGUCAAAACCACCAUCGUUUACUGGCAAAUAUGAACUUUGCCCUCCGAUCUUAACUGAUCAUGUCAAUGGUCGUAUCCUUAUUCAGUACGACCAAGCUGACGCUUCUUCAAUUUAUUCAUACACUCCAGCUGAUGCUAGUUGGGAGUGCCUUGUUGAUGAUUUUGAUGGGGACUGGUUUGGCCCCAUGGUUUUUGUUGAUGGGGUUAUCUAUUCUUAUGACCGUAAAUCCAGGCCUAUGAUCCAGGCCUAUGAUUUAGACCGGAAACAAGUGUUGAAUGUUGUCUUGACCCCAGAGUUGGAUGACUACUCAGUGUAUCAUUUUCAUGUUUUUCACGAUUUGGGUGAUGGCUUCAUGUGCCUCACUAGCUACUUCCACAAUCUUGCUGAUCCUCCAGAUGUUAAAUCUCAUACCGUUGUUGUUGCUGUCCAAUUCAAAGUCCAGCGCAACACAGGCAGUGGUCAGGUGUUUGUCACUCCAGUUUCUUUCCAGAGUACUCCUUUGGAUUCAUGCUACCUAAUUUUUGGCCAGCUUGCAGUCUAGCCUGUAUAGGAUCCAGGGAAGAAUGGUGUUUUGGCUAUACAAACAAUACGGAACAACCUAAUGGCGGCAACACUAUUAGCAACAA